AUGUUCAACUUCAGCACAUGGCGCCACAAAACCCUAAUCUAUCUCAAAUCCUUAACUUCCCCACAAAUUUCUCUCUAUUUUUCAACCAACACUUCCGAUUCAACCUCAUUUGCAGUCUCCUACCUCAUCCACAAUUUCGGUUUCUCCCCACAAUUUGCUUCCAAACUAUGCUCCACUUACCAUGUUAAAUUCAAAACCACCCAAAAACCUGAUUCAGUUCUCAACUUCUUCAGAAACUACGGUUUCUCAGAACCCCAACUACGCGGUUUGAUUGCAAAAGGACCCUAUCUCCUUUCCUGCAACCCAUCCAAAACGGUCUUGCCAAAGUUUCAAUUUUUUCUCUCCAAAGGUGCCUCUUACUCUGACAUUGUUAAGCUUGUCACUAAAAGCCCCUGUGUUUUGUGUACAAGCCUCAACAAUCAAAUUGUCCCAGCCUAUGAAUUGACGCGUAGAUUCUUUCAAUCCGACAAGGACACUAUUGCUUGUGCAGUUCACACUCCAACUUUACUUUGUCACCACCAAUUGUCACGUAAUAUUAGGAUGUUAAUUGAGAAUGGAAUGCUACACUCAAGCAUUGCAAGAUUGCUUCAGAGGCUGCCUCGGGUGUUGGAUACACGUGACAUGCCGAAGUUGGUGGAGGAAUUAAAGGAUUUGGGUUUUAAUCCUUCAAAAUCAGCCUUUGGUGUAGCAUUGGCUGCAAAAACAACAGUAACCAAAACUCGGUGGAAAGAGAAAGUCGAUGCCUUUAACAAAUGGGGCUGGUCUGAUGAAGAUGUUCUCGAUGCAUUUAAAAGGCAGCCUAGAUGUAUGUCCAUUAGUUUUUUCAACCAGUUUGGAGAAAAAGAUCAUUCCAAGGGCACCAGUAGUGCAAUAUCUACUGAAGAAAGCUGUACGAGGAAAAACUCAAUUGUGCAUAGUUGCAUACAACAUGGACAAAACUUACAUUUCAUGAUCAGAUUUUCAGGCUAG